AUGUGCUGAUCCUGAUUCCGAGAUUAUUGGUAUGAAUCAGUUUUAGGUUAACGGAUCAAAUAGAUUUAACAAAAAUAAAUUAAAAGCACAGUCGGGAAAGAAGAAAAGGAGCUCGAAUUACGAUAAUACCCCACAGCCACUUUCCAUUCCCGCCAAUUCGAAACCCUUACAAAAUGAAAGAGGGGGAAAGUGAAAAUAGAAUCGCAGUCGUAGGGUGGAGUAUCUGAAAAUGGCGGAGGAUGAAGUUCAGAUUCAAGAAAACGAGGAGUCAUCCCGACCCGAAUUCCCGACGAGUCGGGUGAAGAAAAUAAUGAGACUAGACAAGGAUGUGAAUAGGGUGAGCGGAGAAGCGCUGUUCCUGGUGUCGCGCUCCACCGAGUUGUUUCUUCACUUCCUGGCUCAGAAAUCGGCGCGCGUGGCCAUCGAGAAGAAGCGCAAAACGGUUACCCUUGACCACCUUCGGGUCGCCGUCAAGAGGCACCAACCUAGCAGCGAUUUCCUCCUCGACUCGCUCCCUCUGCCUUCUGAGCCCAAAAAUCUCCCUCCUUCCACCAUCGCCGACCGGAGAAAAGCUGAUAAGCCCGCACCUGCCGGCACGCGUCGCAUCGAUCAGUUCUUCCGGAAGCCUGAAGUCCAAGUUGCUCCCGCGGCAGAUCCUGAAGCCGAAGCUCCUGCGGAAGCUGAUGCUGAAGCUAAAGAUGCUCCCGAAGCUGAUUCUGAAGCCCAAGCUGCUCCUGUGGAAGAUCCUGAAGCCGAGCCUUCUGCGGAAGCUGAUGCUGAAGCUAAAGCUGCUCCCGAAGCUGAUUCUGAGGCCCAAGCUACUGGAGCUGAAGCUGACGCCGGAGCUGAAGUUGCUGCCGAAGCUGAAGCGGCAGUUCACGUAGAUGAGUGUUAGGUUGAGUUUGUUUAUAGUUAUACUAUUUGGAAAAAAGGAAAAAAUUUAAAAAUAGAGAUUAAUUAAAGAUUGCAGCCAGGUCUUUGAUUUCUCUGCAAUAGCUUUUUUGUACAUCGAUAGCGACAUGUGAUUCUAAUUUUCAAGCUGAUUAAGGCAGCUUAGCACACUGGAAGCAAAGUUACAAACAAAGCAAUGGACGAAGAAUUUAAUCUGUAUACAGGUUGGUGACAGUUUUAUUGCAAACCAUGCUUUCUACAGGUGAUUCUCACUCAAAUUAUAUUUCAAAUAAA